AAAUUAGCGACUGGGAUUGACACCCAGCGAACAAUUUCAAUUCCAAAUGCAACUUGGGCCAUCAAAACCUUCAAAAAAGGCACGGAAAUUUGAUUUUUUCUUGCAUUUUCCUCGAAUUACCCCGAAAAUUGUUGAAAAAACCAGAAAAUAAUCAAGACAGAACAUCAAAAAAUAAAUUUGGAUCGAAAUUUGCAGGAAUGGAUGAAGAAUUUGAGAUUUCCGCUGACGAAAGUGACCCGCAAUCUGGCAAAACUCCGCCCAAAAGCUACAGUUUGUCGAACGGAAGUAGCAAGAAACACAAGAAACAUCACAAAAAGGCGAAAAAGUCGGAGAAAAAGCAUAAAAAGCACAAGAAGAAACACAGCAGAAGCAAAAGUAGUGAUGAUGAAGAAGUUGUAGCAGCUCCAAAGUCUCGCAAAACGUCGGAAACGGGAUCAAUAAACUCAAAAUUCACCAAUAUCAUGAAGGAAAAUGAGAGUAAAAAGGAAAAUGGGAGCAAAAUCCCGACAGAUCCCAAUCGUUUAGUACAAAUAAUCACAGCUACCUUGGAUCCGAAUGCUGGGCCAUCUAUGACAAUCGUCUCGUCAGAGUCGGAAAGUGACGAGGCUGUGGAAGAUUGCGCGACCCCCGAUGUCAAUGUCAUAGAUGCCGACGAGGAAAUCGACUUGGAAGACCUGAUGAAGCAAAAAGCUCUGUUACAGGCACGUCUCGGCUAUCUGGAAUCAGAUACUGAGCACGAUGUUAGUAAGAAAACAUCACACUCAAAUAACCUUUCUAGCUCACGGGGAAAAGUCGAUAAUGAUGUUAUCUUUUUGGAUGAUUCUAGCGGCGGCGAAAAAGCAUCAGCACCAUCUGCCCAUGCCGAGGAGCGACAGAAAAAGCGUCGACGACACAAAUCUCCGUCGCCCGUCUAUCAGCAACGUUCGAGACCUACAUCGCAACGAUAUCGCAGCACAAGUCGCGAUCGCGUUGAACGUCCUUCGCGACGUGAUCGUUCCAUGGAACGUGGGCGUCACACCGAACAAAAUCGCAACAAAGAGGAUUUACGUCGUGCCAUCAAUCGCGACAAAGAUCGAAGUGCUGAACGACGAGAUAUCGAUCGAAAUAGAUACCGCAGCCCGGAUCGCUCGCGUCGUGAUCGAGAUCGACGCGAUUUUGAUCGUCGCGAUAAUCGAAGAUAUUCUCCGGCGCCAGAUAAUCGACGACGUGAACAGCGUUCCCGAUCCCGAAAUCGCUACGAUUCACGUCGGGACUACGAUUCUCGCCGAAAACCGACGUCAAAUAAAAAGGAAGAAGAUAAAUUUAAAGAUUCGUUGAGCGAAGGUCUGAAAGCGGCGAAAGAAUCGAGCAGCGAAAGUGAAACGAACGACAUUGAUUUGAACGACGAGGAGGAAGAUGAGGAACAAAUUAUCGAAAGAAGACGAAAACAGCGCGAAGAGUUGCUGAAAAAGUUGGCUGUCAAUGAAGAUAGCAACACAAAUGUGACAAUGGCUUCAACAAGUCCCGGCAGAACGACAAACAACAAUACGGAUGAUGAUGUCGUGUUGGUUUCACGAACGCCGGAGCAGAAAAAAAUCGAUCGUCCUUUCAAAAAUGUCGCGGGAACGCUCACACCUCCAUUGAAAGACAACAAAAAAGCGGAGGAACCAUCGCUGACGCCUCCAAUUCCGAACAAAAAUGCCGAAGAAGAGGCGGGUGCGAAGGAAAAAGAGAAAGCCACGAAGAAACAAGAAUGGGACAUGUUCGCGGAACAAGACGAGGAAACGAAUUUCGAUUCUCCCGCUACAAUCUCCGCCAACAAGCAAGGAGCCGAUAAUCCCGCCCUCACAGACAAUUGGGACGACGCCGAAGGCUAUUACCGCGUUCGUAUCGGCGAAACGCUCGAUAAUCGAUAUCUCGUUGCCGGUUACACGGGUCAAGGCGUCUUCAGUAAUGUCAUUCGGGCAAAAGAUCAGGCACGAGGCGGAACUAAUGUUGCCAUCAAAAUCAUCCGUAACCACGAGAUAAUGCACAAAACGGGCUUACGUGAGCUGGAAAUCCUGAAAAAACUCAACGACAGCGAUCCCGAUGACAAAUAUCACUGCAUGCGACUCUACCGACACUUUUUUCACAAGCAACAUUUGUGCAUGGUAAUGGAACCGCUAUCGAUGAAUUUACGCGAAGUAUUAAAAAAAUACGGAAAAAAUGUGGGUUUGCACAUAAAAGCUGUCCGGAGUUAUACGCAACAACUUUUAUUGGCUCUGAAGUUGCUUAAAAAGUGCGGAAUUUUGCAUGCGGAUAUCAAACCUGACAAUAUUCUCGUCAACGAGACACAUUUAGUGCUGAAAUUGUGCGAUUUCGGGUCAGCUUCGAAGAUCACGGACAACGACAUCACUCCAUAUCUCGUUUCCCGUUUCUACCGUGCGCCGGAAAUUAUUCUUGGCUUGGCUUACGAUGCGGGAAUUGACAUGUGGAGUGCUGGAUGCACGAUCUACGAACUGUAUACGGGCAAAAUUUUGUUCAGUGGCAAGUCGAAUAACCAAAUGUUGAAGUGUUUCAUGGAUUUAAAGGGCAAAAUCCCGAACAAAGUCAUCCGAAAGGGACAAUUCCGUGAACAACACUUUGACUCAAGUUACAAUUUCUUGUCUCAUGAAAUCGAUCGUAUCACGGAAAGGGAAAAAGUCGUUGUCAUGUCCGUUGUGAAGCCAACACGUGAUUUGCACACGGAACUGAUCGCCCAACAAAAUUUGCCGGAAGAACAAGUGAAAAAAGUCAUUCAACUACGAGAUUUACUCGACAAAAUUUUCGCUCUUGAUCCAGCAAAACGAAUUUCUUUAAAUCACGCACUUGCACAUCCUUUCAUCCAAGAACGAAUGUAAAAAAUUGUGACGAAAUUCGAGAGAGAGAGUUCGUGCAUUGGCUUGCCUGUGUUGCGAGAGUGCAGAGGCUUUCAGUGUACAAAAGUUUUUUCGUAAGAUCACAAAAAUUCUAUCACUCAGGGUUAGUCAAUGAAAACUACUUCUUAGAAUUUUAUUUUAAAAUUUUUAUCAAAACAAAAAAUUGUUUU